AUGGGUAAGGGCAAGAGGUUCGCAAAGAAAGGCGCUGCCCCAGCCAAUCGAGGACGUCAAAAUUGGGCGGACACAGUCAAGAGCAAUGAGAAGUACGAAAGCUACUACAACGACCAUGGGCUCAUUCCGAAAGAAGAGCAAGAAGCCUUCUGGGCUGCUUUGAGAAGAGAGCUCCCUGCCAGCUUUCGCUUCACUGGCUCUCGAGGACAUGCACUUGCCGUCAAGAAAACACUCGUCGACUACCACAUCCCGCAAAUCACCUCCAUCACUUAUGAAGGAAACGUUGUCGAGCCUCCAAAGCCCGUUCCGUGGUACCCAGACCAAUUGGCAUGGUACAUGACGACCCCGAAAAAUGUUAUCCGACGAUUCCCUCCCUUUUCGUCCUUUCAGAAGUUUCUGGUCUCCGAAACAGAGGUGGGUAACAUCACGCGCCAGGAAGUCGUGAGCAUGAUUCCGCCUCUAUUCCUCGAUGUCAGGCCCGGUAUGACCGUACUCGAUAUGUGCGCCGCGCCUGGAAGCAAAUCUACACAGUUGAUGGAAUUGCUACAUGCUGGAGAAGAGGAGAGCGUUCGCAGAGCCGCUGCGGAGAUUGAACAAGGCACCUACGACGCAUCAAACUACCCAGAGGGGUUGAGAGAUGAUGGCCGCUCCACCGGUCUUCUCAUCGCCAACGAUAGUGAUUACAAACGAGCACAUAUGUUGAUUCACCAGAUGAAGCGAUUAAACUCCCCGAACUUGAUCGUUACGAACCAUGAUGCGACUUUCUAUCCUUCACUUAAACUUCCCUCGUCUACUGGGGGAAAACAACCCAAUGUCUAUCUCAAAUUUGAUCGCAUCUUGGCGGAUGUCCCAUGUUCUGGAGACGGCACAACAAGAAAAAAUCCCAACAUUUGGGCGGACUGGAGCCCUAGCAGUGCUCUCGGUCUACACGCAACUCAAAUGCGUAUUCUUGUUCGAGCUCUUCAGAUGCUCAAAGUUGGUGGACGCGUUGUCUAUUCAACAUGCAGUAUGAAUCCGAUUGAAAACGAAGCCGUUAUUGCUGCAGCUAUUGAGCGCUGUGGUGGACCGGACCAUGUUGAGCUUAUCGACUGUAGCAAAGAAUUGCCAGAGCUAAAAAGAGUUGACGGAUUGCAUACGUGGAAAGUCUUGGAUCGUGAUGGACGUACCUGGAAUAGCUGGGAAGAAGUUGAAGAGCACCGAAAGAACGAAGGGAUUACUGGGCUUGGCCGUUUAGCAGCAACUAUGUUCCCUCCGAAAGAGGAUAUACAUCUCGAGCGCUGCAUGCGUGUUUAUCCUCAUUUGCAAGAUACCGGCGGCUUCUUUAUUACUGUUCUAGAGAAGAAAAAGGAGAUUCGGGCCAAGCCGGAGGAUACGACGAAAAUAAUCCCCAAAGCUUCUGUUGCUGCCUUGCUGGAUGAGUUGGAUCAGAAGAACCGCAACGGUAAUGGUGGUUUUAUGGACAAGAUUGAAGCGCUUGAUGCUAUAGUACCUCAUGGUGAGGACAUAAGUGGGAAAGAGGCUACAGUAGCCGAAUCUUCCCACCAGCCUCCAUACAAAACAACUUUGGACGAACCAGCCCCGAAUAAACGAUUGGCUCCCGAAAUCGAGACUGAGAUGCCCGUCAAGCGUACAAAGCUUGAAGACGGUACUGAGGUUUACUUAGGCGAUCGACCAGUUCACUUCCCUCCUCCAUCCGCUGUGGAAGGCCAGGAAGAUACUACCGAUUUCUCACGAGUAGAAGAGCCUAAGCCGAACCCCAACGCCAGGGUAUCGAAAAGAAAGCCGGGACAACCAUUUGAGGAACCAUUCACAUUCAUCGAUGGUCAGCAAGAUGAUAUUGUGAAUAUUUUCAAGUUUUUCAAUAUUUCUGAUCGGUUCCCACGGGACCGAUUCAUGGUGCGAAAUGCCGCGGGUACUCUCAGCAAGACCAUUUAUUACACCAGCGCCCUGGCACGAGACAUCUUGGCCGAAAACCAAGGACGAGGAAUCAAGUUCGUGCAUGCCGGAGUCAAGAUGUUCGUGAAGCAGGACGCUCAGCGACCGAACCAGUGCCAAUGGCGUAUCCAAACUGACGGGCUGCAAUUGGUCGAGACCUGGGCUGGACCUGAUCGUGCAGUGACCUUGACCAAGAAGGAGACACUACGAAUCUUGUUGAAAGAGUUGUUUCCACGACUCGACAAGGAUAAUUACCUGCGUUUGGGAGAAGUGGGAGAAAGAAUCAAAGACAUGGAUCUUGGGUGUUGCAUACUACGAGUGGAGCCAAGUGAAGCUGAAGAUGGAUUCCGUGAGCGAAUGGUUGUCCCCCUCUGGCGAUCAUUAUACUCUGUCAACCUCAUGCUUCCCAAGGAAGACCGUCGCGCAAUGCUUCUUCGCCUCUUCAACGACACCGAGCCUGUCGUUCACAUGCUACCAGCCAAAAGCCGAGCUGUAGCUGACGAAGAAGUUGAGACGAGCGAGAUGAGCGACGACGUCGUCGUCGGAGACGCUGUAACAGCCACAGCAGACCCAGAUAUGGUAGCCGACGAGAUCUUGAACGCUAUCCCGGCUGGCAAGACGGAAGAGGAAAUCAUCAAAAAUGAGAACCUCAUUCGUGGAGAGGAACAGGAAGACCUGAUCACAGUACGGGAGACAUAUCAACGCGAUGGCGAUGAAGAGGAUCGAUUCAAUACGACGGUUUAG